GCCGUGGGGCGGUGGGGCGCGGAGGCGCACAUAGAUCCAUGCGCUGAGCUCACAGACGGAGCGCCUGCGCAGCAGCCGUGUCAGUCCGCGGCCUUCCUCUUUCUCUGAGCGCAAAGGAGGAAGCGUCUGAGGCCGUCGUUUUCGGCAUUAGAGGGCCCUGCAACACCCGAGGAUCCAGAGCUUUCCUGACCGCACUUAAUCGCCACGAUCACGCCGACGAGGCGGAGCAGAAAGGCAGAGCCGCCCGGAGCCUCCCGCAGCUGCCGCCGCGGUGGGGGGGAUGCACAUCCGUCGCUUUGUUGUUGAGUCACCGCUUUGCCAAGGCCCUGCCAUUAGAGGGAGUCUUGCAUUUCAGUGUGGACUGUUCCACGGGGUCCCCUGUUUAUACUGUUUUCUACGGAGCCGCUUCUGUCUCCACAAUGGCGUUCGUUAGCUAACUGUUAGUGCCUUCUCGUGUCUGUGGGAUAGUGCCCCUGCCCACCCCGCUGUUUAGUCGAGACGAUGCUGAAGGUGUGUUCCGCGUCAGGACUGGAACCGGGGCCCGUCGCGCCUCGGUAGUGGGACAGAGAGGCCACACAGAAAUGGUUCGAUAUUGGGUAUCUGUCCGCAUUCUGUGCUGUGUAUUCGGACAUUGACAUGGAGACCGAGUGAAGGGUGUUCACCCGGGACGGAGCGAGCACAGACGCGCAGGUUUCUCCAGCGGCACCAGUUCACACCACUAACAGAACUGUUGUCCGGGCGAGAUGUCAUUGCGCACCGCGCUGCUUGGGAAUGAGAGGAACCCGGACCGGCAGGUGUCACUGUCCGGGGGCCAGUCAGAUAAAGCCAGUGCCUGGUCCAGCCGCUCUCUGGGGGCCCGCUGUCGAAACUCCAUCGCCGUGUGUUCAGAUGAGCAGCCCCACAUCGGAAACUACCGCCUCCUGAAGACCAUUGGCAAGGGUAACUUCGCCAAAGUCAAGCUGGCCCGCCACAUCCUCACCGGCCGCGAGGUCGCCAUAAAGAUCAUUGAUAAAACUCAGCUGAAUCCUACCAGUUUACAGAAGCUGUACCGGGAGAUGCGCAUUAUGAAGACUCUGAACCAUCCCAACAUAGUUAAACUGUUUGAGGUGAUUGAGACUGAGAAGACCCUGUACCUGGUCAUGGAGUAUGCUAGCGGAGGAGAAGUGUUCGACUACCUCGUGGCUCACGGCCGAAUGAAAGAGAAGGAGGCUCGAGCCAAGUUCAGACAGAUUGUCUCUGCUGUGCACUACUGCCACCAGAAGAACAUUGUCCACAGGGACCUGAAGGCAGAGAACCUGCUGUUGGAUGCAGACGCUAACAUAAAGAUCGCAGACUUUGGCUUCAGUAAUGAGUUCAGUGCAGGCAGCAAACUGGACACGUUCUGUGGCUCCCCGCCCUAUGCCGCCCCCGAGCUGUUCCAGGGGAAGAAGUAUGACGGGCCUGAGGUGGACAUCUGGAGCCUGGGGGUCAUCCUGUACACACUGGUCAGUGGGUCACUGCCCUUUGAUGGACAAAACCUCAAGGAGCUGCGAGAGCGCGUGCUGCGGGGGAAAUACCGCGUGCCCUUCUACAUGUCCACAGACUGUGAGGUCAUCCUGCGCCGCUUCCUCGUGCUCAACCCCACCAAGCGCUGCUCUCUGGAGCAAAUCAUGAGGGACAAGUGGAUAAAUGUGGGCUACGAGGGGAAUGAGCUGAAACCCCACACUGAACCUGCAGAGGACUUCAGCGACACAAGCCGCAUUGAUGUUAUGGUCGGGAUGGGCUUCAGCAGAGAUGAGAUCCAGGAGUCUCUGAAUGGACACAAGUACAACGAAGUGACCGCAACCUACCUGCUACUGGGCCGCACCGGUCAGAAGGAAGCCAAUGAAUCGCGCUCUGGCAGCACCCUGAGUUUAGCCCGAGCCCGCACCAUCACCAAUGGGACGAGUAAGCUCCCCUCCUCUUCUUCCUCGGGGACAGCCUCCUCCAGCCAUAAACCUGUGCGCAGUGCCUCCACGUACCACCGCCAAAGACGCCACUCAGACUUCAGUGAGAUCUGCACCCCCACAUGUGUUCUUGUUUGCCCGUGUGUGCCCCAUGUCUCCUGCUCCUCUCACAUUCUGCUGCUGCUUUCAGGUGGCCCCUCUGUGCCCGGGACCACACAGCCACGUCGCAGUCCCAGUACUGUGACCGAGGGACUGAAGGAAGGACGCAAAACAGGGACCCCCACCCCCCCAAGCCCCAUGGUCAGCUCUGCUCACAACCCCAACAAGGCAGAGAUUCCAGACCGACGCAAGGAGGCCAACUCCACCCCAGUGAGCGCUCCUUCGAGUGGUAUGACCCGGAGGAACACGUACGUGUGCACAGAACGCUCUGGCUCUGACCGGCAUGCGCUGCUGCACAAUGGGAAGGAGAACAGCUCUGGGUCCCACCGCUUGCCCCCUGCCUCUCCCUCUACCCACAGUAUAGCAGGGGCCUCUGGCGUGAGCUCCUCACGCCUCUCACGGGGCUCCACUGUUCGGAGCACCUUCCAUGGGGGCCAGCUCCGCAGACCUCCAACACAUGCGCCCCCCUCCUCCCCCACGCCAUCCCAUGAUUCCAGCCUGACAAGUAACGCCCGCUCCAGAGGCACCACCAACCUGCUGAGCAAACUCACCUCCAAGCUGAGCCGCAGGGUCACAGACGAACCUGAGAGAAUCAGCAGAUCUCCGCUCCCAAGUCGCCAUGUAUCUGGGCAUCAGAAAGCGAGCGAGCCCCGGACCCCCCGAUGUGGCUGGGAUGUGAAGGUGCGGAGCCCGAGGGACCCUGCGGAGGUGGUGCUGGCACUGCGGGAGGCCGCCCAGGCCUGCGGCUGUCAGGUGCAUGUGGCAGGGCCCUUCCUCCUGUCCUGCACGCACGGGACCGCUGGGGCCCGGGUGGCCUUUGAGGCUGAGGUAUGCCAGCUGCCCGGCGGGCCGGGGCGCAGCAGUGGUGUACGCUUCAAACGACUGUGGGGGGCACAGCUGGCAUUCAGGGACAUCGCCACCAAAGUGUCCAAGGAGCUGGAGCUCUGAGGGCCAUGGUGUAGGUACGCUUGGGCAGCGUGCACCCAGGCAGCCAGUGCCUGUGGCAGGCAAUCUACAGACUACAGCACUGGCUCUCUGCAGCUUACUGAGACUUGUGUUUGCUGCCCCUGUCUCCUGGAUGACCUGCAGACAGGACAUGUGUAAAAGGGACCUUGUGAAGUACAUCUGUUGCCUGUGGAAGAGGGGCACACGCUGUAUACAGUCUUUAAUUUAAGAAUGGCAGAUAUCUUCUUGAGCACUUUUCUAUUUGUUUUUAUAUCUGCUACAUUUUCUUACUACACGUUUUAACACAGAGGGCAGUGUAGAGGAAUUGGCCACUUCUUGAUCCAUAUAAAGUUUUUCAGAUCUAUGACAGUCUAAAAGGAGAAGCAAUAAAAAAGUGUUUGGUUUCUGUUUCCUUUGUAUUUAUGAUGUCCAAACUUCCCCUUUUUUGGUCGUCUAUGAGAUUUGCAGGUUUUCAUAUUGUUUUUUCUUAAGUUAACAGCAAAGUCCAAACAGCAUUUUGAUUUUACAGCUCUGCUCCGGCAUAUUAGAACCACGUGAAUAGAAAUGUCCUCUGGAUUUCCUCAGGGAGGUUUGGGCAAGUCCACUUUGGGGACUCCUGUAUGUCUGCAGGAAGCUGCUUUCUUUCAAAUGUGCCAUUAUCAAAGACGAACUGCUGUGAGUCCAACUGAGCAGCAAAGUCCUAUUCUCUAAACAGUGCUUAGCACCUCUAGUGUAGCAUAUUAGACUGCUGCCCUGCUCCCCAUGUUCCCCCAGUGUGGGCAUCCCAGAGUGAGUGGGCAGAGACUGGAUGUCCCAGAGUGGGUGUCGGCACCAUGUUGCUGUGAGUGUGCAUGUCCAAAAUCCCACAGGCACAGUGAACAGCACACAAAUUAGGGCCCCUCAAAGGUCUGAGCCUCAUAUUGUAGCUGUCCACUCUGCUGCGCCGCUGCCUUCCCUCGUGUCACUAGACAUGCUUCAGAAGGAACCCUCCUGACCUGACUUGAAUUACACAUGGAGUGACUUGAUUUGGCUCUUUCUUUAGAUUGUUCAAUAACUGAAUGUUUUUCUGAGCUUAGGCCCUCCAGGGGCCUCGUGGUAGGCUUCACCUGUCGUAAGUCUUUGCUAUGGUAGGCCUCCCAUGUAGUAGGCUUGAAGAAACCUGAGACUUGCAUGUCUCUUUGAAUCAUGUGGCACUCAAAUAAAAACUUGUUCAAUA